AUAGUUACACUCACAUUUAUCAAUAUACUAAAACAGACAUGGUUCAGAUUCCAUACACCGCCAUCGGUGUACCCAAAGUUAGUUAUGUAGAGCAUAACGGUGCAAAUUUCAAAAUAGUCGAAUGGGAACAUGCAGGUGAAUACAAGGGACAAAUCCUCUACGUCCAUGGUUUUGCCGAGGACUCAACUAUUUACACAGAAUUCUUUGAUAAACUCUCCCAAAAAGGUUAUAACAUUUACUUCUUUGAUCAACGUGGAUCGGGAGAAACUUCCCCAGGUAAGCAAGUUGGUAAGACUGAUGAGUUUCACACAUUUAAUGAUUUAGACUUUAUGUUGAAAAGACUUGUUGAUGCUCAAACCAAGCCUGAACAAUUGUACCUUUUUGGUCAUUCAAUGGGUGGUGGAAUUAUUCUCAACUAUGCAAUCCGUGGGAAAUAUCGUGACCAUAUAAGAGCAGUUGUUGCAUCUGCACCAAUGGUCACUUUGCACCCAAAUACCCAACCAAACUUUAUUGUUAGAGCUUUGAGUCCUGUAAUUAAUCGUUUGGCCCCUAAUUUAAAAAUUGAUUCAAAACUUAAUAUCGAUUAUGUUACAUCAAAUAAGAAAUGGCAACAAUAUAUUCGUGAACAUGAUCAAAAGUUGAUUGGUACUUCCAGACUAUUUUUUGACAUGUUUGCUCGUGGAGAAGCCCUUACGAAACCAGAAUAUGUUUCGAAGUUUCUGCCUGAUAUUGCCUUACUUUUGUUACAUGGUACAGAUGAUAGUAUUAAUCAUUAUGAUGGAAGUCGAAAGUUUUAUUCUCUUUUGUCUGACAAUGUCGACAAGGAAUUUGUUGACGUAAAGGAGGCUAGACACUCAUUAUUCAUCGAAAAGGACGAAAUUUUGAUUCCAUUAUUGGAUAAGAUAUUGGAUUUCUUGAGCAAGCACUAGUUGAUCGUUGUUUUUUAAUUAUAUUUGUUCGUAUAGAAAAUGAGGACGAGCUUUGGUUUAAAAAA